AUGCCGCCUAAGAGGAUGAGGAAGUCUCGGAAGCCUGUGAAGAAAUCAAACAUGAAAUCGUCCCGCAGAGUAAUGAUGGGUAUCCAGCGCCAGUCUGUACUAUGGGCUACUAAGCGGGACGUCCAGCUCCCGCCCCGAGGGAGCCGCCCUCAGACGCCAGUGGACGUGCAGUGGCCUCUGGGCCACCUCGUAGGCUGUUUGACAGUUGCCGAGAAAGCCACGAUUACGGACUUCCUGAAGGCGGGGGUCUCUGUGAUCACAGACUACUCAGGCUGCGGCCAGGCAGAGCGCGCGAUCGACGAUAUAGCUUACAUCCUGGGCCUCUCCCCCGAGAAUUGCGUUGUCAACGAGCGGUCUUGUGACAUACAAGCGCAUUGCCGAGACCUGCUCAGGGGGCUCCGUGGACAGGGUUGCAUCCAGACGGACAUGCGCCUACGUAUGCCCGGCGUCGUGCGAGAGGCCCUCGAGAAGCUCAUCGCCCGCUACAGCAAGGAGAUGCAGGAGAAGAAGAGCCAGAGCAGGUCGCCCGAUCAGAUAUUCACCAAGAAGCAGAUGGGCCAGGAGUUCGUCAAGGAGGCAGCGGAUAUCAUGAAGCAGCACAUGGGCCUCUACAAGUCGGACGUGCGCGUGCCCUGCGAACGACACCGCCACGCUGGAAGAGGGUGCUUGGCCUACCCCCAGAAGGGUGACGACAAGAAGUACAGGCUGCUGGUGGCCGGCAUGAGCUGCCUCGACUGGAGCGCGAAGGGCAGCAAGAUAGGUGUCUUCGGCGUCGGCGCGAUGGCCUGGUGCACCCUCAUGUGGGACAUGCUCAACGAUCCGCCGGACGUCAGAUCGCGGGUUGGGAUUUUGGAGUGCACGCUGACGUACGAUGAGGAGCAUAUUCGGCUUGCACUUCAGAGCGUGGGAGCAACAGUGGAUUCUGCGGUUUUCAGCCCCCACAUGCUUGGAGUGCCUUGCCAGCGAUUCCGCAAGUACAUGGUGGUGUUAUUCGGCGACCAGCCCUCGCGACCCAAGUGGAGUGACCCUAGCGCGACCUUCAGCAAGAAGAACCUCCUGGGGACCUUCGGGCGGAUCUGCCACCUGUCAGGUUCCGAGUACAUGAAGGACACUUCUAAGGCCGAGACCCGCGAGAUGACCGAGAAGCUCGCAAUCAGGAACCAUAUGCCCAUCCGCACUGCGGAUGGCAAGAGGUGGGCCAUGGUCGACGUGUUGGGCAAGGGCGUCAUUCAGAGGUACCAGCAGCACAAG